CUAAAAGCUCGGACGUAAACAUGUAACUAUAGUUUCAAUAAACAGCGCAAGGAUACGCAGGAUUUGGGAACAAGGAAGGAAGGCCGGGUGCGGGCGGGAUGGCGGGAUAGGGUGACGCACAGCGCAUGCGCCACGCAAGGGGCGGCUGCGCGCAGUCGCCACGCGCCCGUCCUCAUAACAACAUGGCGCGCAACCACAGCGUCCUUCAAGGACACGACUGACAUCCCCGCGGCAAAAAAUACGAUCCAGCUGUCAUCGGAUGACACAAAAAACGAGCCGAAAAUUAUAAAAGUGAGAAUUGUGUGUGAUUUAAGUGCGUUGUGAAUCAGUGUGUGUUUACUAAUUCGGAAUACCGGCUCCCCGUACGCCCCAAUUGUUUCCGCGAGGUGAGUACUUCCAACUUCUGCAUUCAAACGGCAUCCGCAAAUAAAAAUAGACGAUUCACGAUUGAAGACGAGUACGGCACGGUAAGUAAUGAUAGUUGUUUUCUACAACUAUUUUCUCUGACGUGCCGUGACAUCGCUACCUACUUCGGUUCAGCGGCUGCGCUUGCGAUCCGCGCCGGUCGAUCGCGGGUGUGUACGCGCACCGCCGCAGUCACCUGCCGCGUGCAACGACCGCAACACGUCGCGACCGCGAGAUGCCGCCAUUCGCGCCUAAACGAUCUAUUCUGUUACAUUUUUGAAUUGACGAUUUGAGGCGCCUAAUGUUUUAGUUUUUUUUCAAUUUUUUGGUGGACAGUGUCAGUGUUCUGUGUGCGAGUUAUUUCCCUUUGAGGCCUUUUGGACAUGGUUUAUUUUUUUGUUGUAUGUUUCCAGUGACUAUUGCUUAGUUACUCGUAAGACAUGCAUGUGUUAGUGUGAUGGGUGUGUGAUAGUUUCUGAGGGGCAUACAGCAGUCACAAUGUGCAGCAAGGAACAGAUCAACCAUGUGCUGAGUAAGAUCAAUGUGGGCCUACCAUCGUGGUCGCGCGGGCUGGAGGUGGCGGAGGCAGCGCGCGCGCGCCUCGUGCGCUGGGCGUGCGGCGAGCCGCCGGCCGAGCCCGACCCGCCCCGCAAGAAGAUGCCGCACGCGCUCCGCCGCCGGUGGCCGCUGUGCCCUUGUUUACAGAAUGACGAACCACCAGAGAUCACGUACUGCGUGGUGGGUGGCGAGGGCGGACUGGCGCUGCAGGCCGUCACCCCCACGCACCCCAUGCCGCCGCAGGACGAGCUCGACGCCAAGUUUGCUGAGCUGGUGGAAGAGCUUGACCUAACAGCGGUCAACAAGGCGGCCAUGAUGGCUCUCCCCGCGGUCAAGAAGUGGCAGAUCUACUGCAGCCGGCGACCACCACCGGGUGCACCACCACCGCUCGCCACCGCGCCGCAACUCGAGGAGUACAUCAAGGCACUCAACGAGAUUGCUGAUGCCUUCGCAUCCUCAGAGGGGGUACCACCAGCGGAAGCCUGCGCCCUCGUCGACGGCCUCAAGACAGCACUCCGAACGCGAGCUCACAGCUUCGUCCUCCGGUUCAUCAAACAGGGAGGUCUAGGAUCCCUACUUGAUGCCUUGCAAAAGGCACCCAGAGACGAUGCUCUCACCAGGCAUAACCUCAUCGCAGCCAUAAAGGCGCUCAUGAACAACUCGACUGGGCGCGCGCAUGUCUUGGCCCACCCCACGAGCAUCGAUCUGAUCGCACAGUCCUUAGACACUGAGAAUGUAAAGACAAAGGUCGCUGCACUAGAGAUACUCGGUGCUGUCUGCUUGGUACCAGGAGGACAUAAGAAGGUUUUAGAAGCCAUGGUCCACUAUCAGAAGUACGCCGGCGAGCGCGCUCGCUUCCAAGGAAUAGUCAACGAGUUGGACAGGAGUACCGGCGCGUACAGAGACGACCUCGGUCUGAAGACAGCCAUCAUGUCCUUUGUGAACGCCGUGCUCAACUACGGGCCAGGCGAGGAGAGCCUCGAGUUUAGGCUGCAUCUGAGAUACGAACUGCUCAUGUUGGGGAUACAACCAGUUAUCGAAAAACUCCGUAAAUACGAAAACGAGACCUUAGACCGUCACAUCGAGUUCUUUGAGAUGGUGCGCAAUGAGGACGAGCGCGAGUUAGCGAGACGGUUCGACAAGGAACACGUCGACACCAAGAGCGCGUCCUCCAUGUUCGAGCUGCUGAGGAGGAAGCUCAGCCACACCGCCGCCUACCCUCACCUGCUGUCUAUGUUGGAGCAUCUGCUGUUGUUGCCAUUGGAGUACAACCCGCAGUCGCAACACUGGCUGCUGCUGGACCGCGUGGUGCAGCAGCUGGUGCUGCAGCAGCCCGCCGCCGGCUCGCGCGCCGCCAGCGAGCAGGGCAGCGAGCGCGGCAGCACCAGCGACAACACUAAGAUCUACGACCCAGACGUAGCUCCAUUAGAAAUCAACGUCGGCGAGAUAGUCCACCUGCUAGCCAAAGAGGAGGAGUUGGUGGCAGCCAGGACGAAGGCUGACAACCUAGAGAGAGAGAACAUCGAUCUAGCAACGGAACUCGCUAAGAAGGAGAAGCAAGUGGACGAGCAGAGCCAGGAGAGAGAAGAGCUAGAGGGAGUGGUGAGCCGCCUGAAGGAGCGGCUGGAGAGGGAGACCGCCGCGCACAUGGAGUGCAGCGAGAGGGCCCGCGCCGGGGCCGCCAGGGCACACCAGCUAGAGCAACAGCUGAACCAAGAGCGAGCGGAAAGAGUGAGGUUUGAGAAACUAGUCAGUGAGGGAAGCAUACCUGAUGAUGCUAAGGUGAGCAACUUGAAGAGCGCAGUGAUCGAGACAUGCUCGGCGCCGCCGCCCCCUCCCCCUCCCCUGCAGGGCCCGCCCGCGCCCCCCGCGCCCCUGCCCCCACCGGCCCCGCUAGCCCCCUUAGCCCCCAUGGCCCCCGCCCCUCCCCGCGCCAAGAAGAACGUACCCACCCCCGGCAACCCCCUGAAGAGCUUCAACUGGAGCAAGCUGCCUGAUAUCAAGUUACAUGGAACUAUUUGGCAAGAGCUCGACGAUACCAAGUUAUACAAUGCUAUGGAUUUGCACACCAUCGAUAAAAUGUUCUGCGCUUACCAGAAGAAUGGAGUUCAGAACGAGGGCUCCGUAGAGGACCUCCGCCAGCUGGGCGCUAAGCCCCGCACUAAGAUACUAUCAGUGAUCGACGGUCGCCGCGCUCAGAACUGCACGAUCCUGCUCUCCAAACUUAAGAUGUCCGACGAGGAGAUAUGCAGAGCAAUCCUCCGCAUGGACAGCGGCGAACAGUUGCCCAUCGACAUGGUGGAGCAGCUGGUGAAGUUCACGCCGUCAGCUGAGGAGGCCGCGCUGCUGGAGGAGCACCAGGACGAGCUGGACAGCAUGGCGAGGGCCGACCGAUUCCUAUACGAGAUAUCCAAGAUCCCGCACUACUCGCAGCGCGUGCGCACGCUGCUGUUCAAGAAGCGCUUCGCGGCGGCCGCGGCCGAGGCCAGCGCGCGCGCCUCCGUGGUGCUGCGCGCCGCGCGCGACAUGACGCGCUCGCGCCGCCUGCGCGCGCUGCUCGAGGUCGUGCUCGCGCUCGGGAACUACAUGAACAGAGGUGCCCGCGGCAACGCUUCAGGCUUCCGGCUGACGUCACUGAACAAGCUCGCCGACACCAAGUCCUCCGUGUCCCGCAACACCACACUGUUGCACUACCUAGUCGAAAUGCUUGAGACACAGUUCAAAGACAUCCUGUUACUCGAAGAAGACUUGCCUCACGUGCGAGCAGCAGCCAAGGUCUGCGUCGACCAGCUCGACAAGGACGUGGGCGCCCUGCGCGCUGGUCUCAGAGAGGUGUCAAAGGAACUGGAGUACCACGCGGCCUUACCCAACCGGUCGCCUAAUGACAUGUUCCUGCCCGUCAUGAGGGAGUUCCACGCGCAUGCUGUGUGCUCGUUCACGCAGCUCGAGGAUCUGUUCCAGGACAUGAAGUCCCGGCUGGAGGCGUGUGCGCAGGCGUUCGGCGAGGAGAGCCCGGCGUCGCCGCCGCAGCUGUUCGGCGCGCUCGACGCCUUCCUCACGCAGCUGGGCGACGCGCGCGCCGACUGCCUCGCCGCCAGGAGGAGGCGCCACGACGAGGAGAGGAGGACCAAGCAUGAGCAGGAGCUCAAGAAACGGACAAUGGAGAGGAAACAAGCGUCAAGCCUCUUAAGCUCAGUGGGCAAAUCGCUCGGCAAGACAAACGGCUCAGCUGACUGCAACGGACACUCUGACGGCUCCCGGGACGGAACCCUCACCAACGGACAGAAGGGAGAGUUCGACGACCUCAUCUCCGCGCUCAGAACAGGAGAUGUAUUCGGUGAUGACGUAGCCAAGUUCAAGCGAUCCCGGAAAGCUUCCAAAGUCAGCCACAAGGGCCGGGACUCCCCUCCGCGAGGCGUCUGCCGCGAGGACUCCAGGGAGAGGCAGAAGAAUUGAAACAAUAAGGUUAUAGUAAAGGUUAUUGAAUGUACGUAGUGUCCAGCGAUCCUCGGUGUGUAGUUUCUCGUUCAAUGUCGAUGCGAUAGUCGUGCUUUAUUUAUUAGGAAAAUUUAAAAAGCAUCUCGGGUAAAUAUACUACAUAUAUUAUAAACUAUGUUAUGGCCCCCGCCAGUGAUAGUUCUAUAUAAUUUUUGGCUUUAAAUAUUUACCUAGCUUCUGUCAAAUUGACAUUAUAGAAAUACCCAGUAGUACGGACGCUGGACGGUCGGAGCAAACGAUUAGUUUAAUCGAAACGUGAUAUUUACCGAGUAGGGGAUCCUAUUGGUCCGUUAUAAGUACGGAGUCACAAAUAUGAGAUUACAAAUGACGUAUGACGAGUGAAGUGUCAUAAAACCCAUAGUUUUAUGUGACAACGAAGCGACCGAUGCCAUUUCGAUUGAUUUUUUUCUCUCACAAACAUGGUGCCUAAUUUUGGAUGUUUUUAGGUCGUGCCAAGAUAAGUCGUGGUCUCUUUCACACAUAUUUUAAAACUGACGAUGGAUAAGUAUUGAAACCUCCUUACUCAUCUGAAAAAAACUUGAUAUUGCUCAUAUUACUCUCAAAAUAUUUUACACUUUUAAUACCAGUGAAAAAUCGCCUAAAACGUUUCUAAAAUCAAUGAGACCACGACAUUAAAACUCUCGCAAAGCUUUUGUUGGCUAUCGACUGUAGUCAAAGACUGUGCAUGGUAUUCCAUAGACGAUUUAUUUUAGUCUUACUUAUCUAUAAGCAUUGUGUGAUUUGAGUAACCAUAGGGUUAGAGUGCAUUGAGUUUUUUACUGGAAUCUAUUGGUUAUGGAGAUGUCGUUGUGUUUGUCAAGUAAAAUGCAACCUUAUUGCUUUGAAAAUAAAGUUGAUUUUAGAUCAGGAAUGUUGCUACAUCGCUGUGCUAAAGCAAUUUGCUCUGAUUUUUGAUAACGGAGUGUUUUUUGUGUGAUUAAUAAAAUAAUAUUAUUGUGUUUAAUAAUAUUUACAAUUGAAACUUACACUUAAACACAAAUUUAAACAUCUUGAUAAAUGUAAUGACAUCUCGGCAUGAAUGUUGAUAAUUUUUUACAUAUCUCUCAUGUACCUAUAGACAAAUUGGACACAGGUUCCUUUCUGUGUCAAUAUUAUGGGAAUUGACGUAAACACGAUAAUAUAUACUGUUACUAAAGUUUACUAGGUGUAGGAAUUGAUACAUACUUACCUAAAGUUAAAACAUUUUGGAAUUUUGUAUCAAGUAAAGCGUGGUAGAAAAUUUUUGAUAAAUUUUACAUUUUAUAUAUUAUUAUUAUUAUUGUCGCCCAUCUUAUUUAUUUAUUCAAUACAGAAAUGAGAAUUCUAAUUUUAUUUCAUUGUAAAUAUAAUUUUUAUUUUUAUUGCCAAAAUUUGUUACCGUCUUGUAAAACGGACUAAUUUAUUAAAAAUUUUCUUAAUGUAUGAAUAAAGUUUGUCACUUGUAAAUUUUAUUGUUUUGUUCAGUAUUGCUUAAGCUCAUAGUAUAAUAAUAUAAUGAUUAUAUAUUA